CAACCAUUCAUCAGCCCCCAAUUGGAUUCAUUUUCCCCACACAACACCACCUCGACUUGCAAUGGACGCCCUAACAGCCUACCUCCCACCCCACGAAGGCCUUCUCCCAAAAUGGCUCCUCCUAGUCUCCGCCGUCUCCGUCGCAAACAGCAUCCAAUGCUACCUCACCACCACCUUCACCGCGCGCGUCUACAACGGCCCCAGCCCCCCCACCGCCUCCAAGUCCAAAUCCCCCAAACCUCCCCCGUCUACGUCGCCCGUGACACCCCUCUCCUCCCGCACGUUCGGGACCUGGACGUUCCUGAGUAGCGUUAUAAGACUGUACGCAGCGUAUUAUACGAGCGAUCCCAGGGUGUAUGAGUUGGCGUUCGCGACGUAUGCGAUCGCGUGGGGCCACUUUAUGCUCGAGUGGUGGGUGUUUGGCACGGCGAGGUGGGGGGCUGGGCUGGGGAGCCCGGUGGUGGUGAGCUCGACGAGUUUGGUGUGGAUGUGGGUGCAGUGGGGGUUUUAUGUUAAGGGGUAG